AUGCCGAAGUCAAGUGGCAUUAAUGCCCCAAUACAUAAAAUCUUUCCCACUCCACACCCAGAGCUUCUCUCACAGGAUCGACAUAGAAACCGAAGGAAAAUGGCGAGAAAAUUCCUCCCGUGGCUUCUUUUCGCUCAGUUCCUGGUGAUGUUUCUUCCUGGGUGCCAAGCCAAAAUCCCGGCCCUUAUAGUGUUCGGAGACUCGUCCGUCGAUGCCGGCAACAACAACCAGAUUCCGACCAUUGCCCGGAGCAAUUUCGAGCCUUAUGGCCGAGACUACGCCGGUGGGCCGACUGGGCGGUUCUCCAACGGUCGGAUUCCGACUGAUUUCAUCUCCAAGGCUUUUGGUCUCCGGCCGACCGUGCCGGCGUACUUGGAUCCUAAGUAUGGCAUAGCAGAUUUUGCCGUCGGCGUGACCUUCGCCUCCGCCGGUACCGGCUAUGACAAUGCAACUUCUGACGUGCUGUCUGUGAUUCCACUGUGGAAGGAACUGGAAUACUACAAGGACUACCAGAAGAAGCUGCGAGCCUAUCUCGGGAACCGGAAGGCCCGCGAGACGAUAUCUCAGGCGCUGCAUCUGAUGAGCUUGGGAACCAACGACUUCCUCGAAAACUACUACACUCUCCGGCAACGGCGAUCCCAGUACAACGUCGACCAGUACCAGGUUUUCCUCGUCGGAAUAGCCCGGGACUUCGUCAAGCAACUGUACGGUUUGGGGGCCCGGAAAGUGUCGGUCGGAGGGCUGCCGCCGAUGGGGUGCCUGCCACUGGAGAGGACCACCAAUUUCCGGGACGAAAACAGGUGCAUGCUGAGCUACAACGAGGUGUCUAUGGCGUUUAACGGCAAGUUGAAGACGAUGGUGGCGGAGUUGAACAAGGAGCUGCCAGGCGUCAAAAUCGUCUUCUCCAACCCUUAUUACAUUAUGCUGCAAAUGGUUCGCAGACCUUCUUUGUAUGGGUACGACGAGGCGGCGGUGGCUUGCUGCGCCACCGGCAUGUUCGAGAUGGGCUACGCCUGCGACCAAUUCAAUUUGCUUACGUGCAGGGACGCGAGCAAGUUCGUGUUCUGGGACGCGUUUCAUCCGACGGAGAAGACGAACGCCAUUAUCGCCGACCAUAUGAUGAAGACUGCUCUUCAUCAGUUCUUCUGAUCCUCCAAUUUUUGUCCUUUGCUUCGGAUCGUGCAUGUUAAUGGUGAUGAUCGAAAACGUUUGUUGUUUCAUGACUAUCUGCAGUGGAGGAGGAGUUUGAUGCAUGCAUGCACCUUGUUUAUGGCAUCUUGCUUGAGUAAUAUUGUUGGACGAUCGAAUAAACAAAUUAAUCUCCUGUAUGUAUAAUAUAUAUAGAUUAAUUAAUGGGUAAUAUAUAUGACGUGAAGAGUUAUUUAUGUAAGCAUAUAUAUAUAUAUAUAUAUAUAUAAGUGAUGAGUGUUUUGAUAAGUCUUUUGAUUUGUGACGCAAGGUGCAUGUACGAGAUUCAGGACUUGUUUGUUCCCAAUUCUUUACCGAAUCAAAGAAAAUAUUGAAAUCCCAA